AUGUUAGCCCAGAUCUUUCUAUUGCUCUCCUCGAUUUCUGGGAAGGAGAACACAAACCAGAUACACAUUCAAAUGAAGGGAACAUUGUAUAAUGAACUCCGCCUGGCCGGACUGUUCUGUGACGCCAUCCUCAAAGUUGAGGAGGUUCAGUUUCCAAUUCACCGGACCAUCCUCUAUGAAUGCAGUCCCUACUUUCAAGCUCUUUUUAAACACUGUGCAAACACAGGCCAGAUUUUCCACAUACCCCUGGUGUUUCCUGACAUCCUGCGGAUAAUCAUUGAGUUUGCAUACACUGGCUCUGUUGCUUCCACAGAGGACAACGUGCAGGAGUUGAUGAUCACAGCUGAUAGGCUCAACAUAAUCGGCAUCAUACAAGAAUGCUCCCACUUUAUGCGUGAUCAGAUCUGCCCACAGAACUGCAUUGGCAUCUGGCAGUUCACAAAUAUCUGCCACAGCUCCGUGCUGCGGGAAAGGGCCUUCGAUUACAUCAUCCAGCACUUUGAGGAGAUCGUUCCCGUCGAAGAGUUCCUGCAGCUCUCUGUGAAAGAGCUUACUGCAUUCAUUGCCAGAGAUGAACUUCAUGUGAGGAAGGAAAGUGUUGUGUUUGAUGCAAUCCUGCGCUGGAUCGGCCACAAACCCAAAGAACGAGAGCAACACAUUGCUGUGCUUUUGUCUCAGGUGCGGCUGGGCCUGACAGGACAUGGGUACAUUUUGACCCAUGUGAUCACCAAUAAGCUGGUGAAGAGCAACGCUGAGUGCAAGCAAAUAACUGAACAUUCAAUGUGUAUGAUAUGGCACAUGUCCACAAUACAACCCUUGACUUGUGGUCUCAGUAACACUCUCGCCCGUCCUCGUGUGCCUAAUUCCUUCCUGUUGGUCACUGGAGGCAGCAAUGACAGCGGUCACUGUUGCAAUAUUGAGACGUACGAUCCCAUCUUUGACCACUGUAUCAACAUCCCAGACAAGCUGGAGCAUCCUCGGACCCAACAUGGCACAGUCUUCCUUGAUGGUUAUGUCUACUGUGUCGGUGGCAUGGAGAGAGAGCGCUAUUUUAACAGCGUGGUCAGAUUGGACCUUAGGACACACACCUGGCAGGAGGUGGCGCCGAUGCACUACCGCCGCGGCUACGUGUGCGUAACCGUACUGGACGGGUUCAUCUAUGCCAUCGGCGGCGCUGACGGAAUUGUUCGACUCAACACUGCAGAGCGCUACUGUCCCGAAACCAACCAGUGGACACUUAUUGCACCCAUGCACUUGCUGAGGAGCGACGCCAGCUGCACAGUACUGCAUGGCAAGAUAUACAUGUGUGGUGGUUACAGCGGGACCGAGUGCCUGCAGACGGCUGAAUUUUACGAUCCAGAAACCAAACGUUGGACACUGACCAACCCUAUGAGCCAAAUGCGACGUGGACUGAGAGUUGUUGCAUAUAAUCAUCAAAUCUAUGCAAUCGGUGGCUUCGAUGGCAACGACCAUCUGUCGAAGGUUGAGGCCUACGACCCCCAGUCCAACGCCUGGCACCUGCUGAGCCCCAUGUGUUCGCUCCGCAGCAACUUUUGCCUGGAGGUGAUAGAAGACCAGUUCUAUGUCAUUGGGGGCGUCAACGGCACCAUCAUCAAUGAAAACAUAGAUGUGUAUUGUCCUUAUACUGACAUUUGGGACGCCCGUAGAGCCGUCAUCUCCCGUAGCUUCGCAAGCUCCUGUCUCGUGUCUGGAAUCCCUAACAUGGCAGAGUUUAUGAUAUCUCGAGACUCACUGCCGCACUUUAAUGUGGAUCUGGGUCCGCGCUACUUAGGCUGCUAG